AUGGGUUGCAUUUACUCCAAAAGGGCGGUCUCUGUGGCUGCUGCCACCCCUGCUUUAGAACCACCAUACACAGCGGCUGUUUUUGAUCUUGCCUCAGCAAAUCCAUCUGCGUCAUUGGAUUUUGACCAGAAACAAUACAAUCAGGGUAAAAAAGAUAGAAACAACAACAAUAUAUAUAGAAAAAAUAGCUUGUCUUAUAAAAAUGUUGGCAAUGAAGGAGGGUUGAUAUAUGAGGAUCAUCAUCGUCAAAGUAGCAGUCUUGGAACUAAUAAAAAGCUGAGGAAAAGAGGGAGUUCUGGUAGUGGAUCAAUUAGUUUCAAAUUGGGGUUCUCUAGUAGGAAUGUUGGGGUUGAACAGAUUGCUGCUGGAUGGCCUUCGUGGCUUAGUGCUGCAGCGGGUGAAGCCAUUCAUGGUUGGGUGCCUCUAAGAGCUGAUGCUUUUGAGAAAUUAGAUAAGAUUGGACAAGGUACAUACAGCAGUGUGUUCCAAGCACGGGAAGUUGAAACUGGGAAGAUGGUUGCCCUGAAGAAGGUCCGCUUUGACAAUUUUCAACCAGAGAGCAUUAGGUUUAUGGCUCGUGAAAUAAUGAUUCUCCGUAGGCUUGACCAUCCAAAUAUUAUGAAGUUGGAGGGAAUAAUUACUUCUCGAAUGUCGAGCAGCAUUUACCUCGUGUUUGAAUACAUGGAGCAUGAUCUUGCUGGACUGUUGUCUUCUCCAGAUAUCAAGUUCACUGAGUCACAGGUCAAGUGCUAUAUGAAGCAGCUAUUACGUGGAAUUGAGCACUUCCAUUCACUAGGUAUAAUGCAUCGGGAUAUCAAAGCGUCUAACAUUUUGCUAAACAAUGAGGGAAUUCUGAAAAUAGGAGAUUUUGGAUUGGCCAAUGUUCUUAAUUCAAGGAACCAGCACCAAUUAACCAGUCGUGUGGUGACUUUAUGGUAUCGUCCUCCUGAACUUUUGAUGGGCUCAACAAGUUAUGGAGUAUCAGUGGAUCUGUGGAGUGUGGGCUGUGUAUUUGGUGAAAUUCUCUUUGGGAAGCCUCUCCUUAAGGGGAGAACCGAGGUUGAACAAUUACACAAAAUCUUCAAGCUUUGUGGUUCUCCUUCUGAUGAGUUCUGGAAACGAUCUAAGCUUUCCAAUGCUACCAUGUUCAAACCCCAGCAUCCUUAUGAAAGUUCUCUUCGAGAGAGGUGCAAAGAUGUUUCAGCCACUGCUGUGGACUUGCUAGAAACUUUACUUUCCAUAGAACCGGAAAAGCGCGGGACUGCCUCCACUGCCAUUUUGUCUCAGUAUUUCAGCACAACACCAUAUGCAUGUGAACCAUCAAACUUGCCAAAGUAUCCACCUAAUAAAGAAAUGGAUGCCAAAUAUCGAGAGGAAGCACGGAGGAAAAAGGCUGGUGGUAGAACGGGAGAUCCAGGACUACCAAGAAAACCAAGAAGAGUUCAUCGGACAUUCCAAGAACAAAGCUUAAAUAGAUCUGCACCUAAGGAGGAAGCAAAAGACAGCACUGAAUUUGUUCGUUUGACUAAUGAUAGUAAUGCAUAUAUGAAUGGAAGAGGUGUGACCAGAGAGCAAAAUUUAUUUUCUGACACAAUCUCAGAGAAAGCCCAGGCAACAAAAGGACACUAUGCUUUCACAGGACCAGCACCAGUCACAGCAUCAAGUGGCUUUGCGUGGGCUAAAAUGCAGAAAGAGGAUUCUAAAUCUACAGUAUCUUGUGAUCCAUCUGUCUCAUCAAGUCAAAUGAGUGCAUUAGAUUCAUCAAGGUUCAACUUUGCAAAUGGUUCCUUAGACUUCACUAAUGCUGAGAAUGGAAGAAACAAUUUCCUUGAGGCUUCUGCCAAGCUUGUGAUGCAGAAGCAGCAUAACCAAUCUGAUCCCUUUGAUUCUCUCAAUGCAUCCGAUGCAUACUAUUUUAAUGAUCCAAAUAGAACCGAAGCAGCAGUUAUGGAUCGCAGUAAAGAAAGGGAGAAGAUUGAAUUUUCAGGUCCGUUGUUAUUUCGACCAAAUAAAAUUGAAGAACUCUUGCAAAGGAAUGAAAGUCAGAUACGUCGAGCUGCUCGGAGACAAGAAAUUUGA